AUGGCCACCAUCGAACCGCAACCGCCCGAAAGCGCCCUGGAUGCGCGGGUUGAAGACUAUCUCGAGGACAAGCUGCAGUCCGCCGCCGACAUCGACACUCUGGAUGCGCUGCGAGAGACGGUCGAGCUGCAGCGCACGCAACUCCAAACGCAGCUCGACGCUGCGGUACGGGAGCUCGACACGGCACGCCGCACGGCCGACGACCGCCAUGGCCUGCUGCAGGAGCGCAUAGACGAGUUCCGCGCCCUGCAAGUCACCAUCGACGGUCGCGUACGCGCAACCGUGGCGUCGGACGCCCCGGCCGAGGCCAUAGCUCGCCUUCAGCGGCCGAUGCAGAAGCUCAAGGCCGCCGAGCUGGCCAGGAAAUACCUCGUGCUUCUGCAGGACGUCGAGCGGCUGCGCGCCGAGACCCGCGUCCACCUCCCGGGCAGCCCCAAGGCCGCGCUGGAGCCGUACGCGCAGCUCAAGGAGCUGGCCUUGACGCUUCGCGGCCUACCCGGUAGCGAGGAGCUGCACCUGGUGGACUACGUCGAGGCCGUCACUGAGAGCCUGUGGGCGGAAAUGAAGAAGAUCAUGUCGGACGAGCUGGACGAGAUGCUCAAAAGGCGUGGCUGGCCGCGGGUCGACCCGCAGUCGGUCAUGGACGACGAGUGGAUCGCGUGCAUUGAGAAGCUGGUCGACAUUCAGAUGCCUGAGAUUCUGCACAGCCCAGAUGCGGUGCCGCUUCUCCCUGUAGAUGUCAUGACGCGUAUUUUUGUGGCGGAAUUCCGAUUUCACUUUUUGAGCGACAAGCCGACGAGCAAGGCGCAAUCCAUGGGCAGCCACUGCUUCCCCUGGUUUCUGUCGAUUGUCGAGAAAUGGCAAGACUUUUUCCGCGACAACCUGGCCCCGGUCCUGGCCGCCAAAUUUCACGACACGUCCGCGGCGGAAAAGACAGUCUACGCCGAUCCCGUUUGCGCGUUGGUCAUGUCCAUGCUGACCGUGAUGCGCGAAAAGGUACAUGCGGUGGCACAGGAGGCUGUUGCCAACACACCCUUUCUGAGCACAUUCAUUGCCCAGCUCGUCAACUUUGACGAGACGAUUCGGUCGCGGUUCAACUACGAUGGCGGCGACGCCGAGACUGGAUGGACGGGGCUCACGGCCGAGGUUCUCGCCGACCACUUUGAGCUGUGGUUUGAAGCCGAGCGCAAGUUUGCGCUGGAGAGGUUCGAAACGAUUCUAGACGCACCAGACGCACGAAAGAUGGACUACGACUACGCCGUGGCGGGCAAGAUGAAGCCGACUUUUGCGGCGGUUCGCGUGGCAGAUCUGCUGCGCACGAUCACGACCAAAUACGAAGGACUUCGCUCGUUAAAGUACAAGGUGCGCUUCUUGACGCGCAUCCAGCUGGAUAUCCUGGACGGCUACCACGAGCGGCUUAAGGGGUCGCUCGAGGCAUACCAGUCCAUGACGUCGGCGCUGGGUCGCACGCUGCAUGGGGCGACCAAGGAGCAGCUCGCUGCUCUCGAGGGCCUCGGUGCUCUGGAAACGCUGUGCAAGGUCAUUGGUAGCGCGGAUCAUAUUGCCAAUGCGCUGACGGAAUGGGGUGACGAAGAGAUCUUCACCGAGCUCUGGGAUGAGCUGCAGACCGCGUCCGGGUCGGGCAACACGAGCGAACUGGAAGGCGAACAAGAUAUUACGAGCUCCAGCAGCCGAAACGGCGCCAUCUUUGACGAGACCAUUGCGGCGUAUAGCAGUCGCCGCAAAGCCGCCGAAGACAUUCUGGUGUCGACACUGGUGGAUGCGCAUUCCAAGGCGUUCCGCGCCUAUACACAACGACCGCAAUGGACGACAAUUGGCGAUGGCGACGCGCUAGAUUCAUCGCCAUUAUCCAUUACCGCAGAACUCGACCUGCCGCUGUCCGUCCUCAAGGAAAAUUUCAAUUCUCUAUACCGCGCGCUCUCCGGCGCCUCGUACCGCCGCGUGUGGUACGGCGCUCUGGGCAAGCUACAAGACUUUUUGUGGAACAAUGUCCUCAUGAAGCACCAGUUCACGACCCUCGGCGCGAUCCAGUUUGCGCACGAUGGCCAAGCCCUUGCCGCGGUCAUUGAGAGGCAUCUGCCGGGAGCAUCGGCCACGCUGGAGGAGCUCCGCGAAGCCAUGGAGCUGCUGCGCCUGCCCAUCACGCUGUCGGAGGAGGAGGCGGCGGUAGCCGGCGGCGGCGGAAUAACGCUGAAGCAGGCCAGCGAACGUGCCUUUACGGACAAUGACGCGGCGCGAGCGUUGCUGGAGGAGAUGCAGCUGCAGAGCCUGACGCCGACGAACGCGCGCCAUGUGCUGCAACGACGGGUAGAAAAUAACGAGAAUACCGGGUGGUAA